AUGUUCACCUUCUGCCCCCUGCAGGGGGCUCUUUCAGAGUCCACCGCAUCUCAGUCGCUGCUGGAGCUGGAUGGAGGCGUCAAGGUUCUCAUCGACGUCGGAUGGGACGAGACCUUUGACCUUGACAAGCUUAAAGAGCUCGAGAAACAAGUCCCAACACUGUCGUUGAUUCUCCUUACGCAUGCGACCGUCUCCCACCUCGCCGCCUUCGCCCACUGCUGCAAGAACUUCCCGCUCUUCACCCGCAUCCCCGUCUAUGCCACCCGGCCAGUCAUCGACCUCGGACGAACACUGCUGCAGGACCUCUACGCCUCGACUCCGGCAGCUGCGACGACUAUCAACCAUGGCUCCCUGGCUGAGACCUCGUAUGCCUUCACCCAGUCAGCGUCUCCUGAUGACAACUUCCUGCGACAGGCCCCAACAUCCGAAGAAAUUGCCCGUUACUUCUCCCUUGUCCAGCCGCUGAAGUACUCUCAACCCCACCAGCCCCUUCCGUCUCCCUUCUCGCCCCCGCUCAAUGGCCUGACCAUCACCGCCUACAACUCCGGACACACCCUUGGUGGCACGAUAUGGCAUGUUCAGCAUGGGUUGGAGUCGAUUGUCUACGCUGUCGACUGGAAUCAGGCCCGAGAGAACGUCUUUGCGGGCGCGGCGUGGCUAGGAGGUGGUCACGGAGGAGCCGAGGUCAUCGAACAGUUGCGCAAGCCCACGGCGCUUGUGUGUAGCAGCAGAACACCGACAUCACUGGCUCGCACCAAGCGAGACGAGCAGCUGCUCGGCAACAUUCGAGCUUGUGUGGCCAAGGGCGGCACAGUCUUGAUCCCCGUCGACUCUAGCGCCAGGGUCCUUGAACUAUCGUACCUCAUGGAGCACGCAUGGCGUGAAGAGGCAGCAAAGGGCAAGGAUGCCGCUGGCAGCCUGAGUGGCGCCCACCUCUAUCUUGCCGCGAGGAAUAUCAGCAGCACUUUACGCCACGCUAGGAGCAUGUUUGAGUGGAUGGAUGAGAGCAUCGUGCGCGAAUUCGAGGCUGGUGCUGACGGCUCCAAAAACAUCAAUGGAGACGGCAACAAGGGCAAGAAUUCAGGCCCCUUCGACUUUAAGCACCUCAAACUGCUAGAACGAAAGACACAGGUCGACCGUCUUCUUCGAAGGUCGACCGAAGAGGGGUGGACACGAGGCAUGGUCGUUCUUGCCAGCGACAGGAGCAUGGAAUGGGGCUUCUCCAAGGAUGUUCUCAAGUCCAUUGCCCAGGACUCAAAGAACCUCGUGGUGCUCACCGAGAAACCGAACCUCGGCUUACAGAACACGCCGUCGAUAUCCAGGACACUGUGGGAGUGGUGGAAAGAGCGCCGAGAUGGUGUCGCGGCCGAGCAGCUAAGCAACGGGGAGACUCCCGAGCAAGUCUACGGGGGAGGGAGAGAGCUCGAACUCGCCGAGGCACAACGGGUGCCUCUGGAUGGGAACGAUCUGACCAUCUACCAGCAGUGGCUUGCUACGCAGAGGCAAUUACAGGCCACGCUCCAAACCGGCGGUGCCACCGCUCUCGAGGCAGUUGGAGAUGGCGUAGACGACGCAUCAUCCGAAUCAUCCACGGAAUCAGAAGAAUCGGAGACCGAACAGCAAGGCAGAGCUCUGAACGUGUCGACGACUAUGGGACAAGCAAGCCGGAAGAAGGUGGUCCUGAAGGACGAGGACCUGGGCAUCAAUGUCCUGGUGAAGAAGACAGGUGUGCAUGACUACGAUGUGCGUGGGAAGCGAGGCAGGGAGCGAAUAUUCCCCAUCCCCGUACGAAGGAAAAGGACCGACGAAUUUGGCGAUCUUAUCCGACCAGAAGACUUUCUUAAAGCGGAAGAGCGUGAUGACGACGGGCAGGAACCAGGAGCCGUAAAGAAGGAGGAAGUCGAGGGCAUUGGAAAGAAGCGAAAGUGGGAUGACCUCGGCAAAAAGGCCAACACCACCAACAAGCGGCCCCAACUGAACAGAGCCGCGUCCGACGAUGUACCUAUAGCCGCCCCUUCGGAGGGCUCCGCAGCCUUGGUCGUCACCAAAGAGACCGUCCCUAUCAACCUCCGCAUCGCAUUCGUCGACUUCAGUGGCCUGCACGACAAGCGAUCCCUCAACAUGCUGAUCCCGCUCAUCGAGCCGCGCAAGCUCAUACUCGUGUCUGGCAACGAGGAGGAGACGAUGGCACUUGCGACAGACUGCAAGAAGCUCCUGGGCGCCGAGAUAACCACUGCUGACAAUGGCACGACGACGGCCGAGGUGCUGACGCCAGGCGUGGGGGUGCCGGUAGAUGCCAGCGUAGACACGAAUGCGUGGGUCGUCAAGCUGGCCGACCCACUCGUCAAACGUCUCAAAUGGCAGAACGUACGCGGCCUGGGGAUCGUAACCGUCACGGCGAGGCUGGUGGGCGCAGAGGGCAACGCAGACACGCACCCGCACCUGCCCGGGGCGACGGAGGAGGAAGCCGCCCACAAGCGCCUCAAGACCGAGGGCGAAACCGAGGCCAAGGAUGGGUCCGACGAGAAGGCGUUGGUGCCGGGGGUGCCGGUCGUGCCGACGCUGGACGUGCUUCCGACGACGAUGGCGUCGGCGUCGCGGUCAGUGGCGCAGCCGCUGCACGUUGGCGACCUGCGGCUCGCGGACCUGCGGCGGGCGAUGCAGACGGCGGGCCACACGGCCGAGUUCCGGGGCGAGGGCACGCUACUGAUCGACGGCGCGGUCGCGGUGAGGAAGAGCGCGACGGGGCGGAUCGAGGUGGAGAGCAUCUGCGUGCCGGCUGCCGCCGGGGCGCCGCAGCAAGGGGGCACGUUCUGGGCGGUCAAGAGGAUGAUCUACGACGGCCUGGCUGUGGUGGCCGGGGCUUAA